AUGAGCAAUAUUACGCCGCCAACUACAUCUACCUUGUCUCUUGCUUUGUGUUCUUUGUGUCCAAAAAGUUUUAAAAAUCAACAUGUUUUGCAAAUACAUGAAGGUCGUAUGCAUUAUUCUGUCUUUGAUCAAGCUACUACCUCUUCAGCUAUGGGAAUUACAUGUGUCUCCUGUUUAUUAUGUUCACAAAAAACUUAUAAAAAUAAGCAGAGUCUUGGAAGACAUGAACAGCUUAUUCAUUCGGAUUAUAACACACCACGUACUGGAGUUACUAUUUUGCCGCCUGAUGCUGUUUAUGAGUUUAAAAAAAUGUUAGUGUAUUUAAUUCAAACGAAGCUCUCUAAUAAUAGUAAUUUUACAGGAAAACAACGUGUAACUGCUCCAUGCACAGAAAGUCAAUUUGUUGCAGUAUUCGGGAAGCAUUUAAGAUGCUAUGUUCCUAGAAUUAGACAAUAUACUCAGCAACAACAAACAGCAGUUAUUCUUUUUUCUUUAACAGAUAGUUCAAAUAAUUUCUCAAAUUCAGAAAACUUAGAAACUGAUAGUGAAUUUAGUAAGAAAAAAAAACAACAAAAGCGCAAACUAAUUAAAUCAAAUACAUUUGAAUUUAAUAUUGAAUGGAAAAUCCGUACGAUUAUAGAUACUGUUAAUCAUACAUCACAAGCUGGAUAUAUUACGAUACGAUUUGUGACAGAUACAAGAUAUUUCUGA